AUGCAGAGUGCCUUAAAUGUGGGGUGGAGAUUAGAUGAUUGGGGAAAGCAUCACAAAUCUUGGGGAUAUGCAAACAGCUCGAGUGGGAACUGUUCUACGACUAACCGUAUACCCUAUUGUUACCCUUCCUUACUGAAAAAAGGUAACUCCAGAUGGGAAGGGCUGAAUGAAUGGUUAAAUAAAGUGUUAAUAGAGCCAGAAACAGGCAUCUGGGGGAGGGAAUUCGACCCCAAUAUAGAAUCGGGGGUUAAGGAUAAUGACCAAAACAGCUUAACCUGGGGUCAACUAUUAGAUAAGAUUAUAGAUAAGCUGCAGAGCAAUCAACUAGUGGGGACUCCUAAGGAACAAAGGAAGUGGAUAUGGACAGGCCCGGAAUGGUAUACAGUAUUAACAGAGAAUGGAAUUGAGACUAAGGACUGGGAAAAAACUGAGCACGGCAAAAAACUUCUCAUAGUGGUAGUUUGUAUUGUUACUGGAUUAAUCGAUUCAAUGAGUGAGGGCGGGAGUUCAUAUCCAAAUAGAUGUAGCAUGUGCCAGAGCGUUGAUAAGGGUUUAAUGAAUAGUCGAAACCAGUGGAAAAGUUGGUUUAGUAGGGGAAGCAGCGCCGCUGAGACCAGCACCUCCGAAUGCAAGCCGGACAACGUACGAGAAACCUGUGGAGAGGCAGCUAUGAGUUUGAUAAUCACCGUCUAUAAGGCCCUGAGUGCCUUAUGUCCCAACUGUGGAAACUAUUAUAUCGAUCCCUGGGUUAGAGAUUCUCACGAGGAAAUUCUCAAUCACAACUGGUACUAUUGUAGAAUCCACCAAGCGAAUCUUUCGUGUGAUAAAUGCCCGAGGCCAACAACAGAAAAGGAUAUUUUAUGGAUGAGGCCACAUGAAGAAUUGCGUAGAAGGAAGCAGUGUCACUCCUCGUCAAAAAGUCAGGGAUCUGAAUUAGGAGCAUCAAAGUCCCAUGAAAUGAAUCAAGACGAAGCAGGUGGGGAGAAGGUCAACAAGCAAGAGGAGCAUACGAAGCCGAAAAGCCCGUUGUCAGAAAUGUCAGUCUCGAAGGCCGAGAGAAACCUGACCGGCGAAUCCCUGGUCUCAAAUGUUUCAAAAUCUGGCGGCCAGGGAAGGGAUAAAGUUGAAGUAAGUCAGAGCAGAAGCCCAAGAGGGGCCCCCAAAAGUGGAAGGGACUUAGCUAAGACAGAAACAGGAUACCCGAGUAACCAAAGAGGCAACAAUACAACAGAGUGGCAAAAGGGAGAUCAUGGCGUAUCAGGUUUCAGGGGGGGAUCUGAACAGAAAAUGGUACCAGAGUCUGGAGGAAAACAAGGGCCAUCAAGCUCAGAGGAAGGAGGUGCCUUCGUGCCGAGCAUUGUAGCUGGUAUCUUUGGUGUAGUAUUACUAGGAGUGGCCGGAGCCUAUGGAAUAUUUAGAAUUUGGGGCCCUCAGAGGGGUCGAGGGAAAGCGAAGAGGGUCAUCAGGAAAAUAGAAAAAGUGAGCUAUGGUGUCACAAAAGGCUCAGAGCAAGACAGGAUCAAUAUUUCAGUCCUUCCUAUUCCGGCGUAG